AUGAAGUACAUGAUCCUGAUCGCCUCUUUCCUCGGCCUGGCUCUGGCCGCUGGUAACUGCCCCGAUUUCCCUUCCUGCCAUUGCCCGGGGACCUCUGCAGAAUCGGUGAAAAUGUCCCCGGUGACGGCCAGGGCGUUUGCUGCGAAGGCAAAAGCUGCGUCCGGGAAUCUGGAGGUGACAACUGGUAUUGCCAGUAGUGGGCUCUGUCGAGUCGCUACUAGCAGAGUGUGA